UUUACUUCCUGUUUUCAUUUUUUUUCUCAUGUGACAUCUGAGAAAAUUAAUCUCGAAAGUAGGAAAGAAAACUUCAGUGUCGCCACGUCAGGAUUAUAGCGCUAGAUAAACACCUGGCUGUAAUCCUAAAGACAUCACUGAAUAACCAGAGCAGAAGAUAUCAGCUCAGCGUGAGUUUUCUUCAGACAUGGAGAGCAAAUAUAACUUGAAGAGUCCAGCUGUGAAGAGGCUGAUGAAAGAGGCAGCAGAGCUCCGGGACCCAACAGAACAUUAUCACGCUCAGCCACUGGAGGAUAACCUGUUUGAGUGGCACUUCUCCGUUCGAGGACCUCCAGACUCUGAUUUUGAUGGUGGAGUGUAUCACGGUCGGAUUGUGCUGCCCCCUGAGUACCCCAUGAAGCCCCCCAGCAUCAUUCUGCUCACUCCCAAUGGACGGUUUGAAGUUGGGAAGAAGAUCUGUCUGAGCAUUUCUGGUCACCAUCCAGAAACAUGGCAGCCAUCAUGGAGUAUUCGGACAGCCUUGAUAGCGAUCAUUGGAUUCAUGCCAACUAAAGGUGAAGGAGCGAUAGGAUCUCUGGAUUACACUCCUGAGGAGAGAAGAGCUCUCGCUAAAAAGUCUCUGGAUUUCUGCUGUGAUUCAUGUGGCAGCUGUAUGCGGUCCGCUCUGCUGGCGCUCUCUCCUGACAGUGACCUCCGACCUGUUGACCCUCAGGCACAUAGACUGGCACGGCAGAUCAACUUCAAGGCUGAAUCCAGCUCCUCUGCAGACAGUGGCAGUUCAGUGGCAGCGGCUUCGAGUAACAGCGAGAGCUCAGCUACAGAAGAGAGAGACGCAGAAGACACAGCAUCCUCUGAGCAGACUGAAUCAUCAUCAUCAUCAUCAGCUGUUGCUCCUCAGACAUCAAGCGAGGGUCUGUCUGUUCCAGCGGCUCCGAGUCCACGUCAGCGGCGCUCGCAGAACCAGAGCCAGUCCCCGAGAUCCCCGGCGUCCCCCGCUGAUCAGCUCCCCCCGCAGGACCCCGGUCACACGGGCUCGGCCGUCCUCAUCGUCCUCCUCACACUCGCUCUAGCUGCGCUCAUUUUCCGCAGGAUCUAUUUGGCUCAUGAGUAUAAGUUUGAUUAUGAACUAUGAACUCUUCCUACUUCUGCCCUCGUCCAGGUCCAGCUCAUCCUCGGUCUC